AUGUGCGUAGCAAAAAAAGACAAGCUUUCGCCCGCCGCCGGGGACAAGCCGACUGCCCUUGUCGAUGAGGUGUCGGCACCCCGUGGCUUCGGCAUACGCAGCUAUCUGCACAAUUUCUAUUUAUCUCCAACUGUAGAAGAAAUGGAACAAGGUGGAGCGUGGUAUCUUCUUCCUCCACCACCUGCUCAACGACGUGGACUGUUCAUCUGCCGUCUUUGCACCGUGCUAGGACUACUUCUUUUGAUCGGCGGGGCUGUUUCUAUUGUCAUCGGCUACACAUGGCCUCACGAGGGCAUCGAACAAAGCAUUUACAAGAUUGUGAUCUACGAGCUCAUCAAAUCUCGAAAGACCAACGAUCCCAUUGCAUUACGUCAGCAGCUUACGGUCCAGGACGAAGAUGGAGGCUACUACGUACCACAGGACAAACUUCGAGAAAUGCUUCGCGACCCUAUGAGAAUUUGGAAGACCGUC